UUAUUUGAAUAAAUGAAAAAUAUGAAACAAAAAUAUAACAAGCACCCCUUAAAUUUUUUGUUUUUCAAAUUAAAACAACUUUUUUCCUUUCUCUCCGAUGUACCAAGUCCGCCUGAACGACAGCGUAUGCAAAAACCUCUCUACCACUCCCGUGUACAUUGCUGCUAAUGCUAUUACUGUUUGCUUUUGCUUCUUCACAAUUAUCGUGGUUCAAUUUGAGAGAACACUCUGCAAUCAUAUCGGUCUGUCCGGAUUUACUCACAGGCGUGUGAACUGUAGAAGAAGUAAAGAAAGAUUGGGUUCUUCUUAAGUGAUACGCUAGUAACCCAUGUGAUUUACUGUUAUUGCAGCCUCAGUUGUUGUUGGUGAUAUAUAUGGUGGCUUGAAAUGGAAAAUUGUGGAUAAUCCUUCAUUCCAAAAAGGUGGUGGUGACGACAAUGCACUCUUUUCUGAAACUAAGCAAAUGCAAUCAACUUUUUCAAGUCUCUUGCAAGAGACCUUCGAUUUUUCUCCUUGUUGUUUGUAUGUCAUCCAGCAUUUCUGAAGUUGAAAGAAUUACCAAAAUUAUUAAUGAUAAUUCCUUUCCCAAUGAAUCGCUGUACCCCACUCUACUGAAGCAUCUCAACCCAGCAGCCCUUUCUACUGACUUUGUAGAGAAUGUUCUUGGCCGCCUGUUCGCAGCUCAUUCCAAUGGCCUCAAAGCCUUGGAGUUCUUCAGAUUUUCUCUCCGUCAUUCCCAUUUUAAUCCAAGUUCAUUUGCUUUUGAGAUGACUCUCCAUAUCCUUGCACGGAUGCGUUAUUUUGAGAAAGCAUGGGAAUUGAUGAUGGAAAUUGGAAAAUCACACCCUUCCUUGCUCACUCUUAAGUCGAUGGGCAUCAUGCUAUCUAAAAUUGCAAAGUUUCAGUCUUAUGAAGAUACUCUCGAAGCAUUUAAAAGGAUGGAAAAGACAGUAUUUGUUGGAAAAACAUUUGGCACUGAAGAGUUCAAUGUACUCCUUCAAGCAUUUUGUAGUCAAAGGGAGGUGAAAGAGGCACGUUCAGUGUUUCAAAAGAUGCAUGAUCAGUUUAAUCCUAAUACUAAGACCAUGAAUAUUUUGCUACUUGGAUUCAAGAAAGCAAGGGAUAUUACUGCGAUGGAAUUAUUUUACCAUGAGAUUGUUCGAAGAGGCUUCAAGGCAACCUCUUUAACUUAUAAUAUUCGGAUUGAUGCUUAUUGUAAGAAAGGUUAUUUUGGUGAUGGUUUGAGGAUUUUUGAAGAAAUGGAAAAGGAUAAUUGCCCGCCUACAUUGGAGACUAUAACUACUUUGAUUCAUGGCGCAGGGGUUGCUCGAAACAUACAUAAGGCCAGACAUUUAUUUGAUGAGAUUGGCAAGAGAAACUUGAAGCCUGAUACUGGGGCUUAUAAUGCCCUGAUCAGCUCACUGGUUAAAUGCAAAGAUAUCGAGUCUGCCAUGAGGUUGAUGGACGAGAUGGAAGAGAAGCAUAUAGGGAGAGAUAGUGUUACCUAUCAUACAAUCUUCUUUGGAUUGAUGAAACUAAAUGACACAGAAGGAGUUUGUGAUCUUUAUCAUAGGAUGAUAAGCAAAGAUUUUGUUCCAAAAACACGAACUGUAGUCAUGUUGAUGAAAUUCUUUUGUGUGAAUAGUCGGCUCGAUUUGGGUUUGGCUUUCUGGCAAUACAUGCUGGAUAAGGGAUAUUGUCCUCAUGGUCAUGCGUUGGAUCUGUUAGUAACAGGACUGUGCUCUCGAGGAAGGCUGCUGGAAGCAUACGAAUGCUCAAAGCAAUUUGUGGAGAGAGGAAUGCGUAUGAGUGAAGUAGUAUACCGGAUGUUGGAGAGGUCUUUACAGCAAUCUGAUUUCACUGACAAGUUGAGGGAGCUCGACCAAAUGAUUAAAAAAUUGCAAUCUGUUUUGCCCCCAUCUAAGGGGCAUGCUUUGGCUUAUUCUUGCACCACAGAAUCUUGUGUGUUCAAUUCUCAAUUUAGUGUUAAAGCAGAAGGUUAACAUGGCUAAUAUAGACCUUGAAUCAACUAUUCUGUGCUCUGUUUGCUGGGAGGAUGUUUCAGAUUGUGCUUGUUCUGCAUUUAACUCAUCAGGUUCGAUGCUCCAACUUGCUGACAAGUUGAAAAUGACAAUUGGUGAGGUUUUAAGAUGAUAAUCAUGAAAGUAACAUAAAUGAAGUUACUAAUGAUAAGAUUUUUCCGAUGAGGAUAUCCAUCUGCCAAUGGUAAUGAUUGAGCACGGGGAGCUACCAGUCAUGUCUAUCUGAUGGUCAAUUUGUUCUUAUGUCCUAAUAAGCAAGAGCUCUUUUAUACUAAGAGUUAUAAUCCUUUAAUUUAAUUUUUUGGUGAUGUAGAUUUAACAUAUUCUAACUUGAAUUAAGUUUUAGUGAUAAAAAAUUUUCUUAUUCUACUGUGCAUAUUUGUUUGUGCAUUUGUUUCUCUUAUGAACUUUAUACUCUUUUUUCUCUGAGCUUUUUUUUUUUUUUGGUUGGACAAGUAUUUUACGUAUUGAUUCUGUUAUGUGGGGCGUAAUUCUCAACUUUAGAAUGAGAUAAACAUUUGUCAAUCUAAGUAUGAGGUAUUCAGCUUUUUUAUUUUGAAACUAAUGUUAAACCAUCCGUGGAAAUGCACCAAAGAACAUUACUACUAUGUUUAAGCUUUAAAGUGUCUUACUAAUCAUACUCAUCAUGUUUAAGAGGCAGUGUAAGGGAGAGAAGAUGGAGGCAUAUGUGCCAACUAUUGAUUUAUUCUUAUUCUGCAUCAAAUGUACUAGAAGCUGAGGUAAUUACUACACUUUAAGUGAUUAUGUUAGACUACUGGCUACCAAAUUUAUGAUCUCUCUCGGUUAAUUUUGUGGAUCUUUCCAGAAGUAUCAUGCCUGUGCCUUAUAGCAUGUUUCACAUUUAAAAUUUUCUAGAUAUACAAUUUUAAUUUCAAUAGAUCUGCCCACCAUUGAACUUAUUAAGACUUCUCCUAUUUUUAGUGAUCUUGUUUUGUAUAGUAACAGGUUGAUUAGGAACCAUUAUUACACAAGCAACAGAUCUGCCAACAGCCUUUUAUGGUAACUUGAUAGUUCAGCAAAUCUUUUCGUACUAGCUAUAAUGAUAAAAUGUUUUCCUCUAUGUAUACUUUUACAUAUCAUGUUGAUUUUCUUAUUGGGAUGAAGUUGAUGGAUAAUUUGUGGAAGAUGCAAACGAUAAGGUCCUGCUUUGCUUUACAUUGCUGAUUGAUGGUUGGUGACUAUAUUCAAGGUUAAUGAUUAUCUCUAAUGCUGUUGACUCAAUAUAAUAACUGAGGCAAGGAAGCUUCUAGCAGCAGGACAAGGUUGUCUUUUUUUUUAUUUAGUUGUGAAGGUAGGGAGAUUCUUAACAUUCAUGAGAAGAAAUUUAGGUUUCUCUGUUACAUCAUUCAAUGAAUUGUAGUUUAGCCCUACCUUUCAAACAAAUGCACAUCAUUUCUUUUUGUUGUUGUUUAACAUCUUAAUGCAUCAGUGAUCUCUGAAAUUAAUGUCAACAAAAGGUAGCUAGGUGAGUGUUCAUGAUGUUGUUUGCUGGAAAUUUUAUGCAUGGAUGGCCUCUUAAAUGAAUCAGUCACCACAGGACCACAGAGUGUUCAUCAGCAAAGUUGUCAUGGAUAUUGUCAACCUUGAGGAAAGUCAGAACAGGGUCAACAUCAACAUAUAGGACAACUCUGAAACCCCUGAUUGCUUGGGGCAAUUCAAAGGUGCUGCACAAUAUCUACUAUGAAGAGAGAGCCUUCUGACCAAAGAUAAUGUGAAGUUCCAUUACUUCAUCAGCAGUAUCAGUGACUAAAUAAUUAUUGGAAGUUCUUCAAAUGAUCAAAUUGAAAGGCAUAGUAGUUCUAUAUUUCUUUGCUUUCCACUUGGCCUAUGAUGGGUAGGCCACCAACUGAUGUAUAUUUCUUAUAGUGGCAGUGGGUAGCUUUUAUGUGAAAAACUCUUAUAUGUGUAGAUUAUUAUUGAAGUGUACAAUUUUGUUUUAUCCAUUUUAAAAAUAAAACAAUAUUAGUCAUUAUUUUUA